UGCGAAACUGGAUGGCUUCUACAGGGAGCCAGGCCUCUGAUAUAGACGAGAUUUUUGGAUUCUUCAGUGAUGGCGAACCCCCCACCAAAAAGCCCAGGAAGCUGCUUCCGAGCUUGAAAACUAAGAAGCCCCGGGAACUUGUGCUGGUGAUUGGAACAGGCAUCAGUGCUGCAGUCACGCCUCAGGUUCCAGCCCUGAAAUCCUGGAAGGGGUUAAUUCAGGCUUUGUUGGAUGCUGCCAUUGAUUUUGAUCUUUUAGAAGAUGAGGAAAGCAAAAAGUUUCAGAAAUGUCUCCAUGAAGAUAAGAAUCUUGUCCAUGUUGCCCAUGACCUUAUUCAGAAACUCUCUCCUCCCCAUAAUGUUCGAUCUACAUUUUUCAAAGACUGUUUAUAUGAAGUAUUUGAUGACCUAGAGUCAAAGAUGGAAGAUUCUGGAAAACAGCUACUGCAGUCAGUUCUCCACUUGAUAGAAAAUGGGGCCCUAGUACUAACUACAAAUUUUGAUAAUCUCCUGGAACUGUAUGCAGCAGACCAGGGAAAACAGCUUGAGUCCCUUGACCUUACUGAUGAAAAAAAGGUCUUGGAGUGGGCUCAGGAGAAGCGGAAGCUGAGUGUGUUACACAUCCAUGGCAUCUACACCAACCCUAGUGGCACUGUCCUCCAUCCCGCUGGAUAUCAGAAGGUGCUCAGGAACACUGAAGUUAUGAGAGAGAUUCAGAAACUUUAUGAAAACAAAUCCUUUCGUUUCCUGGGUUGUGGCUGGACUGUGGAUGACACCACUUUCCAGGCCCUCUUCCUGGAGGGUGUCAAGCAUAAAUCUGACUUAGAACAUUUCAUGCUGGUUUGGAGAGGAGAUGUUGAUGAGUUCAAGAAGCUUCAAGAAAACAUGCUAGACAAGGGGAUUAAGGUCAUCUCCUAUGGAAAUGACUAUGCUGACCUUCCAGAAUAUUUCAAGUGGCUGACAAGCGAGAUCUCCACAAGGGGUAGAUCAGCAGGGAUGGUGAGGGAAGGCCAGCUAAACGGUUCGUCUGCAGCACACAGUGAAAUCAGAGGCUGUAGUACAUGAGCUGCUAGGCAUCACCAUUAAACCGUGCUGUAAGGCCCUCCUGUGGACAGUGUUUAACCUGCAAACGUCCAAGACCCAGAGGCUGAAGUUUGGGGGUAGGAUGUGGAGGGGUGUUUCAUCUUCUCCAUCAUGCCAGCUGGUUCUUGAUAUCUGCUACCUGGUUCAAUUCAAGAACACCUACGUGACAUCAGAACCCAGUGCAGUUCCCACCCACCCCCAGGCUGGACAUGCGUGCAAACCACAGAUCAAUGGGAUGCCUCCAGACAACACUGAGGAUCUGCAGGAAGGACUUGGGGAGCUGGAAGUCAUGGCAUCAAGCAGUCUCUUGUUGCAGUUUUGUACUCUACUUGGUUUUUCAUUAAGCUUAAUGUCUUUUUUAAAACAUGACUUGAAGCUCUAGUUUUCUAGACCUUUUACAGUGUACAGUAUUUUACAUAACUGAGCUGUAUUAAAAGCUUGUUCAUUUA